CACUAACGCAAUCCCAACUCGCGUUCCCCUCUCCCCCUCCCCUCCUCGUCUUUGGCCUCGUUCGUCAUAGGCAACCCAUCAAUCAACCUCCUCUUCCCUCAACACCCCCCCGUCCUUCCAUCCACACACAAUCCCCUCUGCAAACUACGCUCUCCACUCCCACAUCGCUACUUCCUUUGACCACAACCUUCUCUUCUUUCAACAAGCGCAUCUCCACCGUCAACCCAAACUCAACCUCCCUCCACUAUGGGUGGUGUCUGCAGCACCUGCUGUGGCCAGCGCCGCAAAAACAACUAUGAGCCCCUCCUUCUCGAGAACGAGCGCGAGGCCGUCGCCGACUUGCUCCAGUACCUCGAGAACCGCAGCACGACAAACUUCUUCACUGGAUCCCCUCUGGCGGCCCUGACUACUCUCUCGUUCUCGGACAAUGUCGAUCUCCAGCGCUCGGCGGCCCUGGCCUUUGCCGAGAUCACAGAGAAGGAAGUUCGCGAAGUUGGGCGCGACACUCUGGACCCUAUCCUUUACCUCUUGACGAGCCACGACAGUGAGGUUCAGCGCGCCGCCAGCGCUGCCCUCGGCAACCUUGCAGUCAAUGCUGAGAACAAGCUUCUGAUUGUCUCCCUUGGAGGCCUGGAGCCUCUCAUUCGCCAAAUGCUGAGCCCCAACGUCGAGGUUCAGUGCAACGCUGUGGGCUGCGUUACCAACCUCGCGACUCAUGAUGAGAACAAGACUCAGAUCGCCAAAUCCGGCGCCCUUGUUCCUCUCACGCGCCUGGCGAAGUCGAAGGAUAUGCGCGUGCAGCGUAAUGCGACGGGCGCGCUCCUCAACAUGACGCACUCUGACGAAAACCGUCAGCAGCUGGUCAAUGCUGGUGCCAUCCCCGUCCUGGUCAGCUUACUCAACUCCCCCGACACCGACGUCCAGUACUAUUGCACCACCGCUCUCAGCAACAUUGCAGUCGAUGGUGCCAACCGCAAAAAGCUGGCGGCCACGGAGCCCAAGCUUGUUCAGAGCCUUGUGGCGCUGAUGGACAGCCAGAGCCUGAAGGUUCAGUGCCAGGCGGCCCUGGCUCUGAGGAACUUGGCCAGCGACGAAAAGUACCAGGUUGAGAUCGUGAAGGCUGAUGGCCUCAAGCCUCUGCUUCGCCUUCUUCACUCCUCGUACCUGCCUCUCGUUCUGUCAGCAGCCGCAUGUGUCCGCAACGUUUCCAUUCACCCCGCAAACGAGUCUCCGAUCAUCGAAGCCGGAUUCCUCCAGCCUCUCAUCGGGCUGCUCUCCUUUGACGAGAACGAGGAGGUGCAGUGCCAUGCCAUCUCUACUCUCCGCAACCUUGCUGCCAGCAGCGAGAGCAACAAGGGCGCGAUUGUCGAGGCCGGUGCUGUGGACCGCAUCCAGGAGCUCGUCCUCCAGGUCCCAUUGGCCGUCCAGAGCGAAAUGACCGCCUGUGUCGCAGUACUGGCUCUGAGUGACAACCUCAAGCCACAGCUUUUGGAGAUGGGCAUCUGCGAGGUUUUGAUCCCUCUCACCAACUCGCCCAGCGUUGAGGUUCAGGGCAACAGUGCCGCCGCUCUUGGCAACCUCUCGAGCAAGGCUGCCGAGGACUAUGCGCCGUUCAACGCUGUUUGGAACAAGCCGGACGGUGGUCUUCACGCCUACCUCGUUCGUUUCCUGAGCAGUUCCGACACCACAUUCCAGCACAUUGCUGUCUGGACCAUCGUCCAAUUGCUUGAGGCGAAGGACACUCAGCUCACCAACAACAUUCGCAACUCGACCAUUCUGAUCUCUUCAAUCCGUCAGCUCGCCGAGUCUGCCCCAUCACCGCACCAGACAAGGGAAGCAAAGGUUGGGUCGCACCAGUCGGACGACGAAUACGACGAGGACGGUAUGCUCGAAGACGGUGAAGGCGAAAUCUAUGCUCUUGCCAAGCGCAUCCUCGAACUCGUCGACAACGAUGGCGAGAGGCAUGACAACCCACAGAGUGGCGACGAGAGUGCGGAGGAGCAGUCGGAGGACCACGCAGCGCUGCGUGCCAGCGUCCACCAGGCCCUUCGUGGGCAGUAAUUGUAUGGCUCUGGAGAUGUGGUGAGCGAAGAGGCACCUUGUUCACACCUGGAGUCUGACGGUCGAAGAAGGAUGUCAGUCGCAUGACUAGGGCGAUCUUGUCGCCCUUGCCCCUAAUGAGACCCCUGACAUUGAAUAGGUUUAUGUUAUCCUGUUUCUUUAUCCA